CUUUGCUCAUUUAUAUCUUCUAUACAGGAGGCGGCAGUCAGUCUAUAAGUGCAGGGCAGGGCAUUUGCUUUGGUUAUUACCCCCUUUGCUGAAUAAAAUGUAGAUUUAGGUACUGUACAAGGGACACGCUAUAGUAUGUAACAACAUAAUAAGUGUAUACAUCUUGGAUGUGCAGCUUCUAACCCUCACCAUAGCUGUCUGCAACUUUGGAGCAAACCACUUACAAAGAGCUUUCAAACACCGGAGAGUUCCUUUCAGAUAGUUCUUGCUUGCUGCAAGUUAUGAGGUUUCAGGGGUUAAUAUUGGUAUCAUGCAGUACUGAGGUUGCAGGUUCAGUUCCAGCCUGGGCACUAUUUGUAUGAGUCUGUAUUACAUGGCUUUCCUACCAGUACUCUGGUUUCUUCCUGCACUUUAAGGAUACAUGCCAAGAGACGUCCACAUUUUUCUCCAUCUUCAUAGAAUCUAUGUUGUGAAAUUGGAACUGCCCCUCUAGUGAACGCAUCUAAGGACAGUAAAAUAGAUGGAGCGGAGUACCAAUGCUCGGCAUUCAACCCUGAGUUCCUGGACACGAGAAUCAAAUACAUUAUCUGUUUUAUCCAAAGAUGUAUCACUCGAAGAUGCUAAAGAAUACUGGAAAGAUUGUCAAGCGGAUGGAAAAGUAGACUGGAUAUUUGAGAAACUAUUGAACAAGCUCAAGAUUCUUUGGCAGAAAAUAAAAGAUGGAUCAGCAACAAACUUAGAAUAUGUGAGAGCUGUGAUUUUGGUUAAUGAAGCAGAGCAACUAGAAGAGGACACUGAAACCCUCCACACUGAUAUCCAAAAGGAAAAUAAAGUACAAGAAAACACAGAUUGUGCACCAGAAAGAAAGGAGGACUCGUGUGCAGACCUGAAUUCUGAUUGUGAGACUGAUGUUUCAGGUUCUGAGUGUGAGCAUGAGGACCACAGCACAGUUUCACCUCCUGCCACCGGGGCGGUCUGUUUUGGAAAGCAUUUAUGUGGCCCAUCUUGUCUCUCUGACAUUAAUCCAUCUCUGUUGAAAAAAGAAAACCCUCUAAACCUCCCAGUGUCCUGCGACUUCCAGAGAUGGCGUGUAAAGACAAAUGGCUCCGAAUACCCGCCACAUAUCCUAUAUAAAGCUCCAUGUGGGAGAAGCCUGAGAGAUUCUGAUGAAGUGCAUUCUUACCUCACUGAAACUGGGUGCCACUUUUUAGGUGUGGACAACUUUUCUUUCAGUACUCAGGUUCAGCUGGAGAGCCAUUUAUCAAUCAAGCAGGAAAUUGUUCAGGACUGUGAUAUAAGCAACGAUGUUGAGUCGGUGCCAGUUUCACUCUCCAAUGAAAUUGAUGACACAAAACCAACUAAUUUCAUCUACAGAAAGACCUCUUGGCCCCCAGGAUACUCCAUAAAUAAUUUUACAGACAUCUUUGUUAAAUGCUGCAGUUGCACUGAUGGCUGCUUAGAUAUUUCAACUUGUUCAUGCCUGCAGCUCACCGCACAAGCAUUUGAGAAAUUUACAGAUUCAUCCCUUGGUAUUGGUCCCCUUGGCUAUAAACACAAAAGACUUCAAGAACCCGUUCCUACUGGGUUAUAUGAAUGUAACUUGUCAUGUAAGUGUGAUCGGACGUUGUGCCAGAAUCGAGUUGUGCAGCACGGCCUUCAGUUGAGAUUGCAGGUGUUCAAAACAGAUACUAAGGGCUGGGGUGUCCGCUGUCUGGAUGAUGUAGACAACGGGACAUUUGUUUGCAUCUAUGCAGGGAGAAUACUAAUCAGAACUGCUGAUUCUUCUGUAAAAACCACACUAGAGGAUUCUGUGGCAUGUGGUAAUGAAGCUAAAGAAGAUAAUGGAAGCACUUCUGCUCUAAUGUUAAGCAAACGGAAAAGAAAGCCUUCCCAUUCAGACUCUGAAGUCACAGUUAUGCAUUUAACUCCCUACAGCAUGCGCAGCCUGGGAUUAUCUGUCCAUAGGCAAUCAAACACACUCAGUCUAACACAUCUAAGAUCUGGUGGAAGAGAAAUAUCUUUGGAGCCGUUUAGAAGACCCAAAACCAAGACCUCCAUGCUCCAAAAGCGUAGAAGGCAGCUGAUUGAAGAGGGGGCAUGCACAGUUCACAACAGUUCAGAAGAGGAGGGUCCAACACCCCCACAGUCACCUAAGCAGAAGUUCAAUGCAGGAAGGAAAAUACAUAGAAAUGAAAAUUCCGAUGAGACUGCCUCAGGGUAUGUGUCAGAGGAGAGCAGCAGUUCAGUUAUAUCUGGGGGACAUCCUUCAGAAAAACCCACAUGCAGGACUAAGUCAAAGCUAAACAAAAUGACUCCUCAUCUAUCUACCUCUCCGGAACAGACUUGUGAAGAAGACUUGCAUUUCUUAGAUGCCUCAAAAGAAGGGAAUGUUGGAAGAUUUCUAAAUCACAGCUGCUGUCCUAAUCUGUUUGUUCAGCAUGUAUUUGUGGAUACACACCAAAAAAGUUUUCCAUGGGUGGCAUUCUUUACUAACAGUGUAGUAAAAGCUGGAACAGAACUAACCUGGGACUAUAACUAUGUUAUUGGGACUGCACCUGAUCAGGAAAUCCAAUGCCUGUGUGGCCAACAAACAUGCAAACAUAAAAUUGUAUGAAAUAUUUUUUUUCCUCUUUGAUCUGGAAGCAAAACGUAGGCCAUGUGUUGCUGCUUCAGAGUCGUACCAGUGAUCAACAGAGAAACAUUAUAGGCCAUUACAUGCACAAGGGUUCUGCUAUGAUAGAGGAAAAUGUUUGGCUUUUGUAAUUUUAUACUGUACGUGUAAUAUAAUCCUUUUCUGAAACCACUGAUAUCUCAGGAUAUCAAAGGGUUAAAAUUACUUUUAAUAUGAAUGCAUUUUGUUAAAACAGCGCCACCUGCUGGUCGCUUUCCAAACAUAACAUAGUCAAAGAGAUUGUGGAGGAAGUUGUCAGGUGAAAGCAAGAGGGCUGAUCUGAUGUUCUUCUGGCUAGGAAAAACAUUAGAAUCCUCAGAUGUCUUUUCUAAACAGAACUUCAGACCAGCCCUCUUUCUUCUCCUGACAAGUUCAUCCACAACGUUCUCAACUACUUCAUGUUUGGAAAGUGACAAGCAGGUGGCACUGUUGUAAUAAAAUGCAUUCAUAUUAACAGUACUUGUAACCCUUAAUAUCUUGAAAUAAAACAAAUAAAUAAUGAAUCUUACAUGCAUCUAAACUCUACAAAUGAAUCUCGCACAUUAGCAUUUACAUAUAUUGCAUACAUUUUUAGCAGUUCCUGAGAUAUUAGCAGUUUUUGACUGGCAAAACCAGGCUUUUGGCUCACCAGCUCUCUUUGAAAAUCAACCUACGGGUAACUGACUACUCAGGAAGCACAGCGCAUGUUCAUUUAGGGUCGCUGAGUUUGUUGAGACAAAAUUGUCACUUGCUAAAGUCCUCAGAAGAGCACGUCAAGCAGUGCAUAACUAUAGAGGAAGCAGACCCCAUUGCGGGAGGACUGGGGUCUGUGGCUGGUUCCGCUAUAGCCCACUCUACUACCGUAAAAUUUGCACACCUACUACAAUGGACCUGGCUCCCUGUCAUUACGCCGCUGAAUUGGCACCUUUUCAUCAAUUCAUAUUUUGGUUUUAGUUCUUCUUUAAUACAUUUCUUCAUAUUUAAUGUCAGCAAAAUAAUUGUGGGGCGAUAACUGCACUAAAAAAAGAAAGAAAAUCUAAUUAAGCUUAGUUUAGCCUUUAAAUGAUAAAAUUCCAGAGAUCGAGGGUUAUGUAUUGGUUGCUUUGUAUACUUAUACAGUAUCUGUAUUGAAUAUGCGUAUAAUAUACUACCAUGUGGUUUUAGACACACAAUGUUACAUUCUACCUUCUUUUUGUAUAUUGAAUCAAAUCUCUCUGUAUAAUCUGUUAUAAAUUUUUAAUCGUUCCAAAGAUAAGAGAUGUUAGCUCCAGCCUGACACCACUCAUCCCCGCACUUGUGCUCUUUUGGCUACUGCUGGCUGGUAGCAUUGGAUCUUAGCAUCAGUUUUUAGCAGUGCAAAUCAAACAACAUAUUGUUGAAUGUAACUGUUAUAGAAUGCAAAAAACUGGAAUAGAUCUAGACACUACUGUAAGGGGCAGACUUAUCGAAAUGUGAGUUUAGAGCUUAAUACAUAAAAACUCAUGUUCUGUUCAUUCCUAUGGGAUUUUUAAAAGUGUAUUUAUCAGUGAUUAAAAGUCAGAACGCACCAUUUGAUAAUGAAUAGAACAUAACCUAACUUUAUAUUACCAAUGUAAAGGUAGUGAGUUGCAUCAAUAACUGCUACCAACUUGUGCAAGGCAAAUUCAGAUGCUGAUGGCCUUAUUAGAAUCCUGGAAAUCAUGCCAUUCCCACAACGUAAAUAUUUUUUAGCAACAUUCAUGCAAUUUGCAAAACACCCAUGCUAAUGAGAAUAUGUAUUGUUGCAUUAAACAGACAUUUUAGCGUAUGCAUAUUAGUGUGCACCUACGUUGACACUGGAAUUCUGGGUAAAACAUAGAACUGUGGGUAAAACAUGUCACUUUGCAUCCAAAGAUGACAUUUUGCACCAUGCACUGACUUCGUAAAUGUCCCUAAUAUCUCUUCUUUAGAACUUGACAGAAUUUAAAAUAGAUUAGACUUAGUGACCAACCCAGAUAAUGACAAAUAAAUUUAAAAUGUAAUUUCAUGAUAGUUUCUGUUUAAAGAAGGGGUUAGAGGUGCAGAGCUUGCAUUCAAACAUUGUAAACAUCCAAGAGCAACAGAAAUCUGCAAUGACUUAUUGUUUUAUUUUGCAUUGUAAUAAACACACUUGUAUCAACUGUUAUACCUUAAGAAUGCUAUUUUUAUAAAUAAUACAUUAUUUUUGUAAA